CUGUAAAGCAAAAUGUGCCUGCUACCUCCUCAUCUGUGAAGGCUAACACAGAGCCAAAGAAUGCGAUGCCAGAGGGAAAAGUAGUGAAGAUGACACCUGCACCCAAGACAGUUGUGGCCAAUGCUUCACCACCUGUGGGUAGCCCUGGUUCCAAAGAGCAAAAGACUUCAGACUCUCAGGGCGGGUAUGAGCCAAAACCAGGACUCUCUUCGAUGGCUCUGUCACCCCAGCCACAGACGAGUAGUGUGAUGGCUCCUGCCACUUCUUCUAUGAAGGCUAACACAGUGGCAAAGAAUGCAAUGCCAGAGGGAAAAGUAGUGAAGAUAACACCUGCAUCUGCAUCUGCAUCUGCACCUGUGGCCAAUGCUUCACCACCCAUCGGCAUCCUUGGUUCCAAAGAGCAAAAGACUUCAGACUCUCAGGGCGGGUAUGAGCCAAAACCAGGGCUCUCCACCGUGGCUCUCUCACCCCCGCCACAGACGGCUAGUGUCGGGGCCGGGCCAGACACUACUCCAGCCAAGAGUGAUCUGGGUCAGAGACUGCAGAAUUCAAAGCCAGCACUAGAGCCUGCCCCUAAAUUCACACCUCCUCUGAUGAAGACAACAGAUCUUUGUUCUGAGAAACCGUUUGCAGCUCCAGCUGAUAAAGACUCCAGUGUGGACAAACAGAUCAAAACUAGCUCUGCCCAACCGACAGUCUCUGUCAAGUCACCCCCUACAACAUCCUCAAAAGGAGCAGAAAAUGUAGCAGCAUCUCCAUUGAGUCUUGUCCCUCCUAAGAAGACACAACUGGCUGUUCCAUCAUUCACAGCAGAUGCAUUGUCCCUCAGACAUGACCAAAGCUGUCCAGAACCCUUGAGUGAUUUUAGAUUACAGAAUUUGCAACCCAACACUGACCCAGUGCCUAUUAAACUGCCUCUACUGCCGAAGUCCCCAGCAACAGCUCCUGUCUUAGCUCCUACAGUUAGCUCCUUAGUCCCAGCCAGCGACAUACAGAUCAGAGUGGUUCCAGCUGUGGACGAAAAGACCACCACAACAAAAGACCCUCCCACAACAGUACUGAACGUCAUAGAUGAUAUUCCUCCUCAGCCUGCCCCCUUCAUUCACCGGUGUGUUGCUUUGAAACCCAGUCCUCCAUACGAUUUCUUCACCGUCCACACCAAAGAGGUCCUGGGCGGGGGACGUUUUGGCAAAGUGCAUAAAUGUACUGAAACUACCACUGGCUUGAGACUAGCUGCCAAGAUCAUCAGCACACGAACUGCUAAAGAAAAGGAAAUGACUAUGAAUGAAAUACAAGUGAUGAACCAGCUAAAUCAUGAAAACAUCCUACAGUUGUAUGCAGCUUUUGAGGUUAAAAACCAGGUCAUCCUCAUUGUUGAGUAUGUUGAGGGUGGGGAGCUAUUUGAGAGAAUUGUGGAUGAGAGUUCACCGCUGACAGAGGUGGAUGCAAUGCUAUUUGUGAAACAAAUCUGCGAAGGUGUCCAAUACAUGCACCAGAUGUAUGUUCUCCACCUUGAUCUGAAGCCUGAGAACAUCCUCUGUGUGAAUCGCACAGGUCAUCAAGUGAAGAUCAUUGACUUUGGGCUGGCCAGGAGAUACAAGCCCCGGGAGAAGCUUCGUGUAUCAUUUGGGACACCAGAAUUUCUGGCCCCAGAGAUUGUGAACUUUGACUUUGUCUCCUUCCCCACAGACAUGUGGACUCUUGGAGUUAUUACCUAUAUGCUUCUAAGUGGCCUGUCCCCAUUCUUGGGUGAUGAUGACACACAGACUCUCAACAAUGUUGUCAUGGUCAACUGGUACUUUGAUGAGGAUGCAUUUGAGCACAUAUCUGCAGAAGCAAAAGACUUCAUAUCCAACCUGCUCAUCAAAGAAAAAAGUGGACGAUAUAGUGCUGCUCAGUGUCUCAAACACCCAUGGCUCAACAACAUUUCAGAGAAGGCAAAGUGCAGCAAUAUUGUUCUGAAGUCACAGGUUUCAUUGAAGAAAUACAUGGCCAGAAGACUGUGGAAGAAAAACUACAUUGCUGUUGUUGCGGCCAACAGGUUUAAGAAGAUUGCUAGUUCAGGCUGUCUUACAUCUCUUGGAAUCUGAUUUAAUUUUAUGAAGAUAAUACCUGGCACCUGAGUGGAGACAUACAGUGAAAAUAUUUGCAUUUUUUGUCAUUUUAGUUGUCAGUUUAGAUGUAAACAAUGAACAAAUUUGCCAAUGUGUCAUUAUUUUUUGCAUUCUGUUUAGGUCCAAUUAAUAGCCUAAAAUAAUGGUCUCCAAUGUCAUUAGGCAGAACAAAAAUAUAUAUUUGCACUGUUUAAUAUAAUACAUUAUAUUAAAUGUAUAAGUAAUUUGUGAUUAUAUAUUUUGUAUUAUUAUUUGUUCAAAGUUAUUGUUUAAUGAAUAAACAGCAUAAUCUAUUUGGCCUGUUAA